GAGGUUAAUACUCUUUUGAAUGCAUGCAAAUACAAAGGUCCUUUGAAAUGCUAUAUCGAUCAACAAAGAUUUGAUUGGUGCUUUUCGAUCCUUCUUGCAUAAAAAAUAAGCUACAAAUAUCACGAUCUGAGACUAGUUUUGCUAAUCUUCUACAACUUUCGUGAAGGCAAAUUCAAAUCAAACAUGUCUGGUCGCGGUAAAGGAAAGGCAAAGGGCACUAAGUCCAAGAGCCGUUCAUCCCGAGCAGGGCUUCAGUUCCCAGUUGGUCGUAUCCACCGUCUUCUCCGCAAAGGCAACUAUGCUGAGCGUGUUGGCGCCGGUGCUCCAGUUUACUUGGCUGCCGUGCUCGAAUAUUUGAGCGCCGAGAUCCUGGAGUUGGCGGGCAACGCUGCUCGUGACAACAAGAAGACAAGAAUCAUCCCCCGUCACCUUCAACUGGCUGUCCGUAAUGACGAGGAGUUGAACAAACUGCUCGCCGGUGUCACCAUCGCACAGGGAGGUGUUCUUCCCAACAUCCAGGCUGUACUUCUGCCAAAGAAGACCGAGAAGAAAGCCAAAGCUUAAAUAAGCUUUAAAUCACAACAAAAACGGCUCCUUUAGGAGCCACCAAUUAUUACAAAAGUCACGAUCAACAAAAAUCUUUGUUUCAUUUUACUUUCCGUAGGGAAAUACACAAUCCACAAUUUUUUUUAGCAGAAUUGUUCUUUCGGUUUUGCGAUCAAUAUAGCAGUGCCACAAGGAAUCAAACAAUUAGAUCAAAUAUUUUUCCUUAAGCAAUAGUAAAACCUGAAAAUAGCGCACCCCACCCUAAGUUACUGCUUUUUUAUAUAUCUCGUAGUUUUACCGCUCGCAAAACUGAACCUUUAAUAAUAACAUAGUCUUUCUUUUCCCGCCGCUACCGCAUACACUUUACGAAUUCAGUCCUUGUAUCAACACAAUCUCAACAAAUGCAAAUAGAAUUUCAGUUAGCUUGCGGCUUUAUUCUUUAUCAUGCUAAUAGUUGUUCAAGCGACUGUGCGCGCGUUCACGCUUGAGUAAAAAGAGCGCCCAAUUGUAAAUUUGGUGUUAGUUAAUAACGAACUUUCUUGGCGAAAAUUUUCUUGGGUAGUUUUAAGCCUUCUGAAUAAUAACCGUAAAGAUAUUACCGGCUUGCAUUACUGAACAAUUCCACCUAGUUUAGUUUUCUACUUUUAAAAUAAAUCUAAGACCAACAAAUGACUGGUUCAUUUGGUUAACUGAGCUCUAAAGUUUAUAAUUGACCUCUUCAGAAAAGCCCUUCGAAGGUUUGUUACCCUGCGCGCAGAAUCUCCUUCCAUCUUCCUAGACUUGGGGUAAAGGUUUGUCAUAUCGAAAUUCGGUUUAGUUUGAAAGAGAACUGGAAUUCAGACUCAGUAAAUGUUUCUGUCUCUUUGAUAUGCCUUGACAGGCCAACAUGGCGGCGUUCAGGUUAUGCCCAGAUCGUGGCGAACAAUUAAAAUACCGUAAGAAGCGUGUAGUGAAGUAGUCUCUCUAAAAGACCUAAAAUGUCGGGGAAAUUUUCAAGACUAUUACCCAUAGGGAGAUGAUUUCUGUUUGGUUUUAUCCAGUUGAAGUUACAAACACAAAUACCUUGAAGGACCAAAGAUUUUGGAGAAAGAUCGAGAAAAAUAUAAGUUCAAUCUUUACAAUCUGUUCACCAAGUUUGCUUAUCAUCCCCGAGUUUAAAGAUAUGUCAGACAUGUAGGGAUACUCAACAGAAAUGUUAAAGAAAAAUAUUGAUUCUAUUGGUCAUGACUUCUGAGAGAUUUGGUGGCUCCUAAAGGAGCCGUUUGUUUCGACAGUUUGUGU